UUUAGCAUCGCUUAGUCGACUGUCGAACAGUGAAGGUGAUUUAUUUUCUAUUAAAAAUAUGAGUAGCAAAAAUAUUUUGUACGGCGGUGAUUAUGACCGGAAAUUCGUAUACAAAUCGAUGGGAGAUUUUAUCAUGAACUCUCUGCAAAGGAAUGGCGACCGCAAAGUUUUGGUUAAUGCGGCUACCGGCCUUACCUGGACAUCUCGAGAAUUUCUGGAUCAAGUGAAAAAGUACAGUAAAGUACUGUACGGCGCUGGAGUUCGCCGAAACAGUAUAAUUGGGAUUGUGUCAGAAAAUCGACACGAAGUAGCGGCAAUAAUGUUUGCGUCACUGUGUUUAAAUGCGAUUACUGCUCCAAUCAAUUUUACAUACACGAAAAGAGAGUUGAAACAUUCAUUGGACCUGUCAAAGCCGAGGCUAGUUUUUGUAUCAGCAUCUGUGCUGGAUAAUAUCCAAGAAAUCAUCAAUGAACUUCCUUACGUUGAAACGGUUAUUUCCUUCGACAAAACAUCAUCUACGGAUAGGAAUUUGAUUAACCUAGACGAACUUAUGACCAGAUAUGAAGACCAAACGUUUGAUUUUGAAAAAUACAUUCAGCAACCAAUCAACAUACGAGAGCAAACAUCGAUGAUAUUUCUAUCAAGUGGAACUACAGGUUACUCAAAAGGAGUUGAAAAAAGUUGCGAAAACUUGUUUGUAUGCUUCGAACAGUACGCACGCAAUAUAAUGAACUUAAGUGACUUUGGCUACGACAUAAACACACUCGUUCUGGGUCCAUGGUUUCAUGUUAUGGGUUUCACCAAUUUAUUUAUCGUAAUGUUCUCAGACAGAUUUUGUUGUGUGUUUCUACCGAAAUUUGAACCUCAUCUGUUCCUGAAGGCAAUCCAAUCCUACAAAAUAGCCUCAAUUCCGAUUCCACCGCCAAUCGUCAUUUUACUUGCCAAAAGUCCAUUGGUGGACGAGUAUGAUAUUUCUACUGUAAAAUAUAUUUUCACCGGCGCCGCUCCCCUAUCCUAUGAUGUUGAAGAACAGAUUGUGAAACGCUUCAAAAGUCAAAUAAAAAUUCUUCGCGGUUACGGACUCUCGGAGGCGAUUAUUACACUUUACACGAUAACAGUUCAAAAUCCACCGCCGGCUUCUGUUGGCCAACUACUUAAAGGAUGUUACGGGAAAGUUAUUGAUGGUAACGGUAACGCUCUUGGCCCAAAAGUGGUAGGCGAAAUUUGUCACAAGGGUCUUCUAGUGAUGAAAGGUUAUUUCAAUAAUCCAAAAGCAACUUCUGAAAGUAUUGAUCGAGACGGAUGGUUCCACACUGGUGAUUUGGGCUAUUACGACGAAGAGCAUAAUUUCUUCAUCGUUGACCGGCUAAAAGAAUUGAUUAAGUACAAAGGAUUUCAAGUGGCACCGGCCGAAUUAGAGGGUCUAUUACUUUCGAAUCCAAAAAUUAAAGACGCUGGAGUGAUCGGAAUCGAUGAUGAGAUUGCUGGUGAGCUCCCAAUGGCAUAUGUAGUGAAGCAACCGAAUUGUGAGAUUACCGAAAAAGAAGUGAAAGAUUUUGUUGCUGAACGUAUUUCCAAAUCGAAAUGGAUUCGAGGCGGAGUGAAAUUCAUCGAUGAAAUACCGAAGAAUCCAAGCGGCAAGAUUUUGCGUAGAAACUUAAGAGAAUUAUAUAAGAGCACGAGAGCGAAAUUGUAAAGAAGUAACUGAAUUAUCAAGUUGUUAAAUACAGAUAAGCGAUUGUUUAUUACUUUUAAA